AUGGGGAUUAGCAAAGCUGCCUUUCUCUUUCUUUUCUUGCUCAGCUCAGUGAAAGCAGAUAUACUGGAUGACUAUUCAAGAACAGAUGGUGUUUGGAUACUUACACGAAACAAGCAGUUUUAUGAGACAAAUAAUGAAAAAGAAUGUGCAGACAAAUGUGAAGCUGAAAGAAAUUUUACCUGCAGGGCUUUCCUAUUUACCAGGAAAAAGCUACAGUGUUUAACGCUGGCUGAAAAUGCUAAAAUGACAGUGACAUUCACCAGCACAGACACAGUUCUUUAUGAGAAGAUAAUUUACCUCCUGCAGUGUAAAAGAGGGAUUGGGACAGACUACAGAGGAACAGAAGCCAAGACUCGGAGGGGUAUUCCAUGCCAGAAGUGGGCAGAAAAAAUACCCCACAAACCAAAUUAUACACCUGAAAAACACCCCAAUGCAGGGUUGGAAGAAAAUUACUGCAGAAACCCUGAUGCAGAUGAAAGUGGACCUUGGUGUUACACAACAGAUCCUGCUAUGAGAUUUGAUUACUGUGCCAUCCCAGAGUGUGAGGACCAGGUCACGCACACUGGAGAAGGACCUACGGGGGAGUGCAUGCAGUGUAACGGUGAGGAUUACCGCGGAGAAGUUUCCAGAACAGAGUCUGGACUGGAGUGCCAGCACUGGGAUGUCCAAGAGCCUCAUAUGCAUGGAUUUAUCCUGAAACACUAUCCAGACAAGGAUCUGAAGAUGAAUUAUUGCCGCAAUCCUGAUGGUGAACUUCGGCCCUGGUGUUUCACUACCAACCCGAAUAAACGCUGGGAAUAUUGCAACAUUCCUCGUUGCACUACACCCCCACCAGUCUCUGGCCGAGAGUCCCAGUGUCUUUCAGGGAAAGGCGAAGACUAUCGAGGAAGGAUAGCCAUCACCGAAUCGGGAAAUGCCUGUCAACACUGGAAUAUGCAGUUUCCUCACAAACAUGGCUGGAUUCCUGACAGAUAUCCCUGCAAGGGCUUAGAGGAAAACCACUGUAGAAACCCUAAUGGAGAGAAGAAGCCUUGGUGCUACACCACCAACAGCAACAUUAGAUGGGAAUAUUGCACAAUUCCUCCCUGUGACAGAGCAGAACAAGGGAUUGCUGAUGUGCCUGUACAAGCUCCCCUAACAGAGGAGUGCUACCGAGACAAAGGCCAGAGUUAUCGUGGUACAACUUCAGUCACUGCCUCGGGAAAGAAGUGCCAGGCCUGGAGCUCCAUGUUCCCACACAGGCACAUAAAAACCCCGGACAGAUUCCCGGACGCGGAUUUGAGGGACAACUAUUGUAGAAACCCAGAUGGUGACAGCAGCCCGUGGUGUUUCACCACUGACCCCAACACGCUAUGGGAGUACUGCAAUCUCAAGAGGUGUGAUGAUCAUACACAAGAGCCUGCAUCAAAUGCCUCCCCUGGAAUGAUGGAACAAAACAUUGGCUUGACUACAUCCACCACAUCUGAAAAGCAGGAAAACUGUGCUGAAGUUGGAGGAUCCCUGGUCUGCCAAGUGAACAACAAAUUUGUCCAAUAUGGAGUCACUUCUUGGGGACUGGACUGUACCCAGCCAUCAAAGCCUGGUUUUGUACAACUUCCUGGUUUUGUUUCUUAG